CUCUGCGAGCGCGUGAGAACCGCGUAUAUCCCAAGCUCUCCCUCUCUUUUGCUGCUAACGUGCGCGGGGGCAGAACUCGGCGCACGCUAAAGUAAAAAACCAAGGAGGAGAAGAGGGACUUGUGCGCACCAUAGCCAUCGCCAUAAGGGGGGAACAGAUCACGCUCUGUGUCUUCCUAUCCGAGGCUGAGUAAAAGUAGGCAUUUGGUUAUCGAUACAAAGGAUUUGGGGCUUUUUUGAGAUUGUGAAGCGAUCGUUUUCUCGAUGGCCGCACCUCCGGCGAGAGCUCGAGCCGACUACGAUUACCUCAUAAAGCUCCUCCUCAUCGGCGACAGCGGUGUUGGCAAGAGUUGUCUACUCUUGCGUUUUUCAGAUGGUUCUUUCACUACAAGUUUUAUCACCACCAUAGGGAUUGAUUUUAAGAUACGGACCAUUGAACUGGAUGGCAAGCGCAUCAAACUCCAAAUUUGGGAUACUGCUGGUCAGGAACGGUUCCGAACAAUCACUACUGCGUACUAUCGAGGAGCUAUGGGUAUAUUGUUGGUUUAUGACGUUACAGAUGAAUCAUCUUUUAACAAUAUUAGGAACUGGAUUCGAAAUAUUGAGCAACAUGCCUCCGACAAUGUAAACAAAAUACUUGUAGGAAACAAAGCUGACAUGGACGAAAGCAAAAGAGCUGUGCCAACAUCUAAGGGACAAGCACUUGCUGAUGAGUAUGGGAUUAAGUUUUUUGAAACUAGUGCUAAAACAAAUCUUAAUGUGGAACAAGUUUUCUUUUCAAUAGCAAAGGAUAUAAAGCAAAGGCUUUCCGACACAGACUCAAAGGCGGAGCCUUCCACAAUCAAGAUCAACCAACCUGAGUCGGGAGCUGCAUCUGGUCAACUUGCCCAAAAAUCUGCUUGCUGUGGUUCAUAAGGGGAUGCCUAUUUGAGUGGAGAUUUAACCCUGUACCUGUUCCAUACCAUCAGGGUCAUGAAAAGACUAGAGAAGGGCUAACUUUGAUGACAAAAUAUCUUGGGUUGCUUGUAUUUUUCUUAUUUUAGUUUAUUUUAUUGUUUUGAAUCUUGUGUGUGAAAGAUAGAUAUUUGUUGAUUUGAGAAUCGUAUUCCUUUUCAGUACUUCA